AUGACGCCUCAAUGGCGGGGUCUCGUGAACGGGACUGUUAUCUACAUCGCCCUCGGCAUCGUCGCUCUAUGCUUUGUCGUCUGCAUCUCGAAGCCGAACAAGCCUUUGUACACAGUUAGCGUCAUUUUGACAACCGUUUGCACAUGGUUGUUGUGGGCCUGCUGCUACAUGUCGCAGAUGUAUCCUAUCCUGUAUCCUAUGCUGGGUGCAGCUCCGGGCGACGGCCACGGGGGAGGGGAUCACUCUGCAGUUGAUCCUCACAACACAGGCCAUUAA